UUUUCAUUUUCAGUCUGUGCAAACAAAAAAAGAAGAAUCAGAAGAACCUAUUGAUAUUUCUUGGCCAUCGAACUGCAGAUCACGUUUAUCAUAUCUUAUCUUGGCACCUAUUAUGCUACCACUUUAUUUCACUUUACCAGAUUCAAAAAAAUUAUCAGGCAAAAAGUAUUUUUAUGUAACUUUCGUGGGAUCAAUGUUGUGGAUUGCCUUUUUUUCAUAUUUUAUGGUUUGGUGGGCAAGUGUAAUCGGUGAGACGUUGGCUAUAGCGGAAGAGAUAAUGGGAUUAACAGCACUAGCUGCCGGCACAAGCAUACCUGAUCUCAUUACAAGUGUGAUUGUGGCACGAAAAGGUUUUGCGGAUAUGGCGGUGUCAAGUUCUAUCGGAAGUAAUCUAUUCGAUAUUUGUGUCGGAAUGCCUAUUCCUUGGCUACUACAUUUCGCUUUUCGCUGGUUAUCAAAUCCCUUCUCAGUUUCUUCCGCUGCGAGUAUCGCAGUUUCUUCGAAAGGUCUAAUUUGUUCUAUCAGUCUUCUUUUCAUUAUGCUAAUUGUGAUGAUAAUUUCUGUGUUGAUAAAUGGAUGGAAAAUGGAUAAAAUUUUUGGCGUUGUAAUGAUAACAUCAUAUGUAACAAUUUGUGCAAUUAGUGUGCUGCUUGAGAUGGGUUAUCUAGCCUGUCCUCUUAAUUAUUCUUCUGGUUGCCAAUAA